AUGGGAAGAGGGAUGGCUGAUUUGAAUCAAGGAUGGUCAUCGCUUUCUUAUUGCGUGAUCGAUAACGUGUUCUGUAGCUCGUGUAGUGACUGGUUUGGCUUCAGAUGGUACGACACUAGGAGACAAUCCUGGGAGAGUGUGAAGGGCGUGAGAAGAUUGACUGAGUUUGCUGGUCAUGGUAUUGUUAAAAUGGCGGAUUACGGUGGGAAGCUGGCUGUUUUCUGGACCGGUAGUUUCCGUGAUAGGGAGAAGACUAUUUGGCGUGCGGUGAUUGCGCUUGAAAGACGCAACGGUGAUGGUGAGGAUGAGGAGAUGUGGGGAACCGUCGAGUGUGUUGAUCCUCUUCUUACCAUCCCUACCUCUUACGAUUUCGUGCGUGCUUUUGCUGCUACUGUCUGA